AUGAGUGCUCGAGUAAGAUCAAAAUCUAGAGGAAAGGGAGAUGGAAAAAAAUCUUCUAAGCUGGAUGAACCUGGAGUUGUGAGUGCUAAGCAACCAGGUAAAAAAAUACCUCAAAAAAAGGAGCCACCUACUGAGGAUCCAGAUAUUGAGCCUGGACAAGAGAGAGAAGAAGGAGCAUGUGGGGUUCAAGAACCUGAACUGGAAGCUGAAAGCCAGGAAAAGGAAAAGGGUCUGGAAAAGACUGGAGGUGAGCAUGGAGAUGGCCCUGAUGUGAAAGGGAAGACUACACCUGAUCUGGCAUUUGCUAAAGUUCAAGAAGCAGUAUGUGACAUGCAGGAGUAUGCAUACCGGACAUAUUUCGAGGAGGAGUGUAUGCACUAUUCCGACAGUGGCAUUGCUCAAGAUCGCCUGGUCUGA